GGGCGCCAUGUUGGCCGAGCGACUAGGGAGGAGGUGGCGUCGGUGGUGAUCGUUGCGAGUCGUUUUCUCCCUCUUCCUCCUCCCUUUCCUUUCCCCUCACCCGCCGGCUCACCCUCUUUCCUUCCUUCCCUUCCCCCUCCUCCAACCUCGGCCUCCCGGUGGCUUCGACGGGACGGGGUGAGGGAGGAGGCGCCGCCGCCGCUCCCGCUCCCUGCGCCGGCUGGCGGCGCACCAUGAGUGUUGGCGGGGGGCGGGUGUGCGACCUGUCCCGCAGGAACCCCCAGGAGGACUUCGAGCUCAUCCAGCGCAUCGGCAGCGGCACCUACGGCGAUGUCUAUAAGGCUCGGAAUGUUAACACAAGUGAACUGGCAGCGAUUAAAGUAAUCAAGUUAGAGCCAGGUGAAGAUUUUGCUGUUGUGCAGCAAGAAAUCAUAAUGAUGAAAGACUGUAAACACCCGAACAUUGUUGCUUAUUUUGGCAGCUAUCUCAGACGUGAUAAACUGUGGAUUUGCAUGGAAUUCUGUGGAGGAGGUUCACUGCAGGACAUUUACCCUGUGACUGGACCUCUCUCAGAACUGCAGAUUGCCUAUGUUUGCAGGGAAACACUACAGGGAUUAUUUUAUCUUCAUAGCAAAGGAAAAAUGCACAGAGACAUAAAGGGAGCAAAUAUUCUUUUAACUGAUAAUGGCCAUGUGAAAUUAGCUGAUUUUGGAGUAGCAGCACAGAUAACAGCGACCAUUGCCAAAAGGAAAUCUUUCAUUGGAACACCGUAUUGGAUGGCCCCUGAGGUUGCUGCAGUAGAAAGGAAGGGUGGAUAUAAUCAACUUUGUGACCUUUGGGCUGUUGGGAUAACUGCUAUAGAACUGGCAGAACUCCAGCCCCCAAUGUUUGACUUGCAUCCAAUGAGAGCACUCUUUUUAAUGACAAAAAGCAACUUCCAGCCUCCCAAGCUAAAGGACAAAAUGAAAUGGUCAAAUAGCUUCCAUCAUUUUGUGAAAAUGGCACUUACCAAGAAUCCUAAGAAAAGGCCUACAGCUGAAAAACUGUUACAGCACCCUUUUGUUACUCAGCCUUUAAACCGGGCCCUUGCAAUUGAGCUGCUGGAUAAAGUGAAUAAUCCUGACCAUUCCACCUACCACGAUUUUGAUGAUGAUGAUCCUGAGCCUCUUCUUGUGCCUCAUAGAAUUCACUCAACAAGCAGGAAUGUCAGAGAAGAAAAAACACGCUCUGAAAUAAACUUUGGCCAAGUAAAAUUUGAUCCACCUUUAAGGAAGGAGACAGAGCCUCAUCAUGAGUUUCCCGACAGUAACGAUUUUUUGGACAGUUCAGAAGAAAUAUACUACACUGCAAGAUCUAAUCUGGAUUUCCAACUGGAAUAUGGUCAGAGUCCCCAAGGCAGUUACUUCUUGGGGGCAAAUAAGAGCCUUCUAAAAUCAGUUGAAGAAGAACUGCAUCAGCGGGGACAUGUGGCACAUCUAGAAGAUGAGGAAGAGGUGGACAGCGAUGAUUCUAAACAUUCCACUAUGAAACCAAAAGUGCCACCACCUUUACCGCCAAAGCCUAAAUCAAUCUGCAUACCACAGGAGACACAUUCUUCAGAGGAUGAUAAUCAAGGAACCAUAAAAAGAUGUCCGAUUUCAGAGAGCCCUGCAAAAUCACACACUCAGGUCCCGCCUAGACCACCACCUCCUAGGUUACCGCCGCAGAAAUCUUUAGGUAAUGGACUGAAUUCUGUGCAACUAAAUGGUGACAGAGAGGGAUCUCCCCAUCAAGAGCCAAAUGAAAAUAGACACACUAAUCUCUCUAAGAAAGAAAAGAAGGAAAUACUGAAGCCAAUUAGCAAUGGUCUUCCUCCUACACCAAAAGUGCAUAUGGGUGCUUGCUUCUCAAAGGUUUUCAAUGGAUGCCCUCUAAAAAUUCAUUGUGCAACUUCAUGGAUAAGUCCUGAUACGAGAGAUCAGUAUUUGAUAUUUGGGGCGGAGGAAGGUAUUUACACCUUGAACCUAAAUGAGCUCCAUGAAACAUCAAUGGAACAGCUAUUUCCCCGACGAUGUACAUGGCUGUAUGUAAUGAACAACUGCUUGCUGUCAAUAUCUGGCAAAGCAUCUCAGCUAUAUUCCCAUAAUUUACCAGGACUGUUUGACUACGCACGACAAAUGCAGAAGUUACCUGUGGCUAUACCUGCACACAAACUUCCUGACAGAAUACUUCCCAGGAAGUUUGCAGUGUCUUCAAAGAUCCCUGACACAAAAUGGUGUCAGAAGUGUUGUGUAGUAAGGAAUCCUUACACAGGACACAAAUAUCUUUGUGGAGCCCUACAGUCUAGCAUUGUUCUAUUAGAGUGGGUCGAACCAAUGCAGAAAUUCAUGUUAAUCAAGCACAUAGAUUUUCCUGUACCUUGUCCAUUGAGGUUGUUUGAAAUGCUGGUAGUGCCUGAGCAGGAAUUCCCUUUGGUUUGUGUUGGUGUAACUAAAGGGAGAGACUUCAACCAGGUGGUGAAAUUUGAAACUGUCAACCCAAAUUCUACCUCUUCGUGGUUCACAGAGACAGAUACUACACAGACGAAUGUUGUGCAUGUAACACAGCUGGAGAGAGAUACCAUUUUAGUCUGCUUGGACUGCUGCAUAAAGAUAGUAAAUUUACAAGGUAGAUUGAAAUCUAGCCGAAAGCUGUCCUCAGAACUUACAUUUGAUUUCCACAUUGAAUCAAUAGUUUGUUUACAAGACAGUGUUUUGGCUUUCUGGAAGCAUGGAAUGCAAGGCAGAAGUUUCCGAUCAAAUGAGAUCACACAGGAAAUUUCUGACAAUACAAGAAUAUUCCGACUCCUUGGAUCUGACAGAGUUGUGGUACUGGAGAGUAGGCCAACAGACGACCCUACUGCCAACAGCAACUUGUACAUCUUAGCAGGCCAUGAAAACAGUUACUGAGAGGCAACACGCAGUGUCAGUGGAAUCAUGAAACAGAACACUACUGCUGUGACACUUACAAAUAGCAGAGAUUGCACAAAAUGGCAGAACCAUGAUUUCAAUUAUGUUGUAAUUUAUUGUGGUGUAUGAGAGAAUGAAUGAGAGCAAGAACACUUGCCUGAAUGACAGGGACACGGUGAGCACAUUUAUACCACUAAAGUGCUUGAUUCACCAUUAUGUAAUCUUUGUACAUAUAUGCAUUAUUCUUCAGUGAAAUGUACUGCUGGAGAUUUUGAUUUUAUGUAGAUAGUGGUCAAAAUGUCUUACCUGUACAGAUGUGUAAAGAUUGCUAAAGACAUAGAACUGCGUUUGGGGUACUAUUUUAAGGACUCUUAAAAAAUGGAUGCUAGCGAUAAAAACAGUGCAUUUAAAAUAACACUAUCGUAUUUUAUUAUGUAAUUUACUAAUACAAAUAAAUCUUUACCUUUUAGACAUUGUAACCAAGGCUGUAAUCCUAUUACAAUCUUGUUUUUAAUUUUUGUUGCAAGUACACUGGUGUUUUGGUUGCACAAAGUAUUAAUAUGGAUGUAUUUAGUCACAAAAGUAAGCUGUGACUUUGUGGAUAUGAUUUGGGUGUUUUAGUUUAUUUGGGUAGUUUUCUUUGUGAAACCAGCCAAUUGAACACCUGUAUUUUUAUAUUUAAGGAAAAUUCUCUAAUUAUUUUCUGUGCUUGGAAGAAAGUUAAUAUUUUGGAAUGGGAAUAAAUCCCAAAUAGUGGUACCAUGUCAUAAUUAUAAAUGUAUUCAAUGAUAAAAUAAGGGUUAAUAUGAAUCAGUGCCACCCAUAUCAUGCAGAAAUUGCAGCGUUCAGUGAACACUGCUGAAAUAUGUGGGGCUAACCACAUCCAAAGGGAUGCUGCACACAGCAUUCUGUGCAGUGCUUUAUGGAUAUUGUUUAGCGCUCAUAUUAAAGUGAAGACACACAUUUUCCCUUUAUUUAAGAAGUGAACCUCAGACUUGGCAGGACAGGAGCAGCAUGCGUAACAGAUGGCUACUGUGUCCAUUUGGACUUAAAAGAUCUCCUCUGCCAAUUCUCUCAUAGGAUAAUUGAGUUUUAUGGGAUUCCAUAUGAAUUUCCAUGUGUAGAAAAGCAGAGUGGUAGAUCUGCAUUUGUUUUUCUUGUAUGGUGGGAUCUUGUCAACUGGAUAGUUUUUAAGUUAUGCUCCCAGGAACCCUGAAAUUCCUUGGUGGCUUAGCAGGGGGCUUCUCAGUGAGAAGACCAGUAACAGAGGAAGGCAUUUCUGAGAGACAGUAUGCUUACCCUUACUGGUUUUUUCCCCUGCCAUGAACAGUUAUGGGGGAGUAGAAAAUGUAGGGUGGAUUCUUAAUGGUGAGUGUCAAUAAAAACCAACAUAUGUAGCCAGCAGCCCAUGUGAACACAGUGUGUACACUGUACAGUUCCUAAGAAUCUUCUGCAGUAUGCUAGUGUGCUGAUUUCUCUGAAGGCCUGAAGCUUAAACCCACCACCUUACAGAACAGCUGUUCUUUGUAUUUAAAAGGUGUUGAUUAGGAUCAUUGUCUUAAUUAGGGCUGUUCAGAAGUUUGCUUUUUAAUGUUUGGCCUUACUACAGUCUUUCACAUUUUCCUCUUAAUUUCUUAACACCUGGCCAAAAUGAUUUAGUUACUACCUCACAUAAAACAAUUUCAAUGCUUAUUAUACAUCACAGGAAUGUUUACUUUUGAGCAAAACUGUUUUUGAUUAUUUUCCAGUGCAUUAGUGUGGCUGCCAAGUUUUAGGGGGAAAGUGCACAUAUUGGCUUUUUUUGUAUAUGUUCUUUAUACUGUGAUAUAAACUAAGAAAAAAACUACAUUAAAAGUGAUUUAUGAUCCGUAUUGAUGUUGGUAAUGCUUUUGAAAAUUUCCUAAUGUAUAUAAUGUAAAAUAAACUUUUUUUAACAUG